AUGGCGUCUUCCCGUAAUGCUUUGCUUACUGGAACACUCAGGCCCAGCAGAUAUGAUGAGCAGCCGACGUUCAAGAUCAGCAAGCAGUUAGUAUGGCGGGUUCUGGCAGUGACGGUCUUGGGGCUGGCGGCGGUGGCUGCGUUCCUGAUGGUCUCCGGAAAGAAGGCGCACAGCGUUCACUUGGCUGUUUCGACAAUAGGCUCGGCUUACAUGCACAUGACUUGGAUACUCUGGCUGCUGCUUGUAGCUGGUUGUGCUGCCGUCCUUGUGGUGGUGAUAUGCAUAAUCUGGAGAGCAACACAUCCGGAGAGUUUCUUGCCGGCCAAGCUCGAGUCGCUGAUCCUGGAAUUUAAGACGCCUUCUGGUUGGAAACAUGAAGUCACUUGCAGCCAUCGACCGCUUGGGCUUGGGUUCUAUGAAUCUUUGGUACCCUUGACGGUAGCGUAUGUUGGGGAGGAGGCAGUGCACUUGGGUGUGCUGAAGGGGGACAUGCUGACCGCCAUGCGCAGUGCGCCUGGUCCUUCAAACACUGACAUUUUGAAAGGCAAAUUGUUUGAGGAGAUUUGGAAGGAAGUGAGCAACCGGGUGGAGCGCCUCCCUCUUGUACCCCGCCUACUGCUGCAACUUGAGACUGAAGCUGGUGUCAGACUGCUGGAGUGGAGAACAAAACCACUGGGCCUUGGCUUUUCAGAGGUGCCAAUGAAAGUCUCAGAAGUCCAUGAGGAGGCUCUGCACAUGGGAAUUCAAGUCGGCGAUGUGCUGAAAGCCUAUGGCCAAGACCCCAACAACUUGACUUCCGUGGAGGGCAAGACAGCAGAGGAAAUCCAUCAGGCCAUCUCUGACGGCAUGGUAGACUUUCCAUCCCGGCCCUGCUUGGUCAUGGAGUUCCAGCUACCAGACAAGGCGGUCAGAGAGCUUACGUGGUAUGCGCGCCCUUUGGGCAUCACGUUCAAGAUCUCGGACGUCAGAAUUGAAGGCCAAGAGCUCGUCGUUGUCGAGUCUGCGAAUUUCGUUGCCACAAUGAAGGGCGUUGAGGAGGGGCUCGUGUUGAAGCGCUUCGGAGACGACUACCGCAUGCUGGAGGCAGCAAAGGGUCAAACCUUCAAGGCGGUCGUGGACGACCUGAACCGAUUCAUCAACCGACUGCCGGAGCAUGAGAUGCAGCCAGAAACUGGCUCUCUCUUGUAG